UCUAGAGCAACGAAAGUAGUAUCAUUCGGCUAGUGUGUGCACCACAAUGUCAGCAGCCAUGGAUUCAAUCAGUUGUUCAAUAUGUCUGGAUCUACUGAAGGAUCCGGUGACUAUUCCCUGUGGACACAGCUACUGUAUGGGCUGUAUUAAGGACUGCUGGGAUCAGGAUUAUGUGAUGGGUUUUCUGAUCAGCUGCCCUCAGUGCAGACAGACCUUCAUCCCAAGGCCGGUUCUGAAGAAAAGCACCAUGCUAGCAGAAUUGGUGGAGAAUCUGAAGAAGACAGGACUCCAAGCUGGUACCCCUGCUCACCAUUAUGCUGGACCUGAAGAUAUAGCGUGUGAUGUCUGCACUGGGAGAAAACUCAAAGCUGUCAAGUCCUGUCUGGUGUGUCUGGCCUUUUACUGUGAGACUCACCUCCAGCCUCACUAUGAAUCUCCUACCUUUAAGAAGCACAAGCUGGUCAAAGCCUCCACACAACUAGAGGAGAAGAUCUGCUCUCAUCAUGACAAACUGGUGGAGAUUUACUGCCGUACUGAUCAGCAGUUUAUCUGUUAUCUGUGUACAAUGGAUGAACAUAAAGGCCAUGAUACAGUCUCAGCUGAAUCAGAAAGGACUGAGAGACAGAGCCAGGUGGGGGAAAAACAACAGAAAUCCAAACAGAGAAUCCAGGAUAAAGAGAAUGAGAUGCAAGAGGUGAGACAGGCUGUGUAUUCACUCAAGUGCACUGCAGAGGCAGCGGUGAAGAACAGUGAGAGGAUCUUUACUGAACUGAUCCGCUCCAUUGAGAGAAGGCGCUCUGAGGUGAAAGAGUUGAUCAGAGCCCAGGAGAAGGCUGAAGUGAGUCGAGCUGAAGGACUGCUGAAGCAACUGGACCAGGAGAUGGCUGAGCUGAGGAGGAGAGAGGCCAAGUUGGAGCAGCUCUCACACACAGAAGACAACAUCCAAUUCCUCCAGAGUUUCCAGUCUCUCUCUGUCCCUCUUGGAUCUAAGGCCUUACCCAUCAUCACUUUCAAUCAACACGUCUCCUUUGAGUAUAUAAGGAAAUCAGUCGCUGGGCUGAAAAGUCAAGUUGAAAAGAUCUGCUCUGGGGAAAUUGCCAAGAUCUCUGUAAAAAUGACAAAAGUCCACAUUGUUCCACCUUCUGAGCCCCGUUGUCUUCCAUCCUUUGGCACAACUCAGUCUGGACUGUCAGUUGGAGGACUAACACAUGGGAAUGACACCACCUGUCAGAAGACGAGGUCUGAACCCAAAACCAGAGAGGAGUUCUUGAAAUAUUCCUGUCAGCUCACAUUGGAUCCCAACACAGCACAUAAAGAGCUGCGUCUGUCUGAGGGGAACAGGAAGGUAACAUGGAGUGAUAACGACCAGCUUUAUCCUGACCAUCCAGACAGAUUUACCACCUACGCUCAGGUGUUGUGUAGAGAGGGUCUGUCUGGAGCCUGCUACUGGGAGGUGGAGUGGACCGGAGUGGAGGUUUGUAUAGCUGUCUCAUAUAAAGGGAUCAGCAGGAGAGGACAUAAUGAGUGGUUAAGAAGCAGUAAUCAGGCCUGGUGUUUGGAGUGUGGUGCCUCUAGCUGCUACUUCUAUCACAAUGAUAAACAGACUGACAUACCAGUCCCCCGCUCCACCAGAGUAGUAGGAAUGUACUUGGACCACAAGGCAGGAACUCUGUCCUUCUACAGUGUCUUUGACACAAUGACCCUUCUCCACAGAGUCCAGACCAAUUUCACUCAACCCCUUUAUCCUGGGUUCUAUGUCACUACGUCUCUCAAGAUACUGACACCGACACAGUGAUGAGUUACAGUGAGUUACAGUUAUACAGUUAGAAUUAAUACAAGCAAAAGGGUCAGAAUAGUGACCGGAAAGAUCCAUAUUAUAAGAUGUUAAGAAGUAUUACCAAGUUUAAAUAAAUGUGCACAUAAAUUAUCCUGAUUCUAUUGCCUUAGUGCAUUUUUCUAAAAUGG